CUCCUCCCGCCCGGGCCGGGCUGGUGAGCCAGAGUCUGGCCCGAGUUGGCUGGAGCUGUUGCCAUGACAAGCAUUUUCUUAAGAAAGCUCUGCUGUUGAAACCGUCUAAAUCCGGGCGUUGAAAGGGGGCGCGAAGUUCCUGCGGAACCGUCCCUCCGAGAAAAGCAAGACCAGGGACACCCGCCCAGCUCCCCGGCACCCUUUCCUUCCAGGAACCUGAGAGGUCCUUCCCUUGGGAGGGCCGGUGGAGACCCAGCCCACUCCCUGGUCUCCGCGGGGAAAGCAGAAGAGACCAGCCAGCAACUCCGGCGUGGUUGCCACACUGGGGAGACCGGUGGGUGGACACCCCCCACCCUACCCCUAUCCAUGGAAGGCUGGAGGGGGAGUCCCGCGUGCAGAAGCCUGGAUCUUUGCUAAGAAAGAGAGAGGCCCCGUUGUCGUCGGUUUCCAGGGAGCCCUCCUCUUUCUCCUGUCCUGCCACCUCUCUGCCACUGCAGUUGCUGCUUGUUGCUAAGGUUGCCUCCAUGGUAACAUGCACAUCCUGUUUAUACCGCCAUCUGGGAAAGUUGGUCUAAACUAGGAACCUACCUACCCUGGACAACUGCUUCCAUCACCACCUGGGGACACCAGUCAUCGUAACACGUGGUCCGGCUUACACUCAGUUCCCCUAUCCUCUUCCUCCUUUGGCCGCCAAGCUUCAUACACACAAAAGGACUUGGACCACAGGCUGCUGCUCUGAAGCUUCCUGCACAUGAUAUAGUCGGUCUUGUUCGCAUCUGGACUCUCAGAGAAGAAAGAAGAAAGAAGUGAGGAAGAGAAACGAGAGACCCUGAUCAGUGGAAGGGAGAUUUCACAUUUUCUCUGGUGAGGGGCUUGGUAACAGCAGGCAAAAUGACGAACCCAACAGAACACACCUUGCCGGCCAACUCGAUUCUUGAGAGCCGUGAAGGGGAGUUUGGCUGCACAGUGAUGGACCUGAGGAAGCUGAUGGAGCUCCGUUCAAGUGAUGCAAUAGACCAGAUCAACGUCCACUACGGGGGAGUGAUGAAUCUCUGCAGUAGACUGAAAACCAACCCUGUGGAAGGCCUAUCUGGGAACCCUGCAGAUCUGGAGAAACGUAAACAAGUGUUUGGACAAAACUUUAUUCCCCCCAAAAAGCCCAAGACCUUCUUAGAGUUAGUGUGGGAAGCCCUUCAGGACGUCACGCUCAUCAUCUUGGAGAUCGCGGCCAUCAUCUCCCUGGUCCUGUCCUUCUACCGCCCCCCGGGGGGAGAAAAUGAACAGUGUGGUCUAGCCGUCAGUAGCCCAGAGGACGAAGGGGAGGCAGAAGCUGGCUGGAUUGAGGGUGCAGCCAUCUUAUUCUCGGUGAUCAUCGUCGUGCUCGUGACUGCCUUCAAUGACUGGAGCAAGGAGAAGCAAUUCCGGGGGCUGCAGAACCGCAUCGAAAAGGAGCAGAAAUUCUCCGUUAUCCGGAAUGGCCACAUCAUCCAGCUCCCUGUGGCUGAGAUUGUGGUGGGUGACAUUGCCCAAAUCAAAUACGGUGACCUGCUGCCUGCAGAUGGGAUCCUGAUCCAGGGCAACGAUCUCAAGAUUGACGAGAGUUCUCUGACUGGGGAGUCGGACCAUGUCAAGAAAUCCGUGGAAAGGGACCCCAUGCUGCUCUCAGGGACACAUGUAAUGGAAGGUUCUGGACGAAUGGUAGUGACUGCUGUGGGUAUUAACUCUCAGACUGGAAUCAUUUUUACCCUCUUGGGAGCCAGUGAAGGGGAAGAGGAAGAGAAGAAGAAGAAAGGUAAAAAACAAGGAGUCCCUGAAAAUCGCAACAAAGCAAAGACCCAAGAUGGAGUGGCCUUGGAAAUCCAGCCGCUCAACAGCCAGGAGGGGAUCGACAGUGAGGAAAAGGAGAAGAAGGCCGCCAAGCUGCCCAAAAAGGAGAAGUCCGUGCUGCAGGGCAAGCUGACUCGCCUGGCCGUCCAGAUUGGGAAAGCUGGCCUGAUCAUGUCUGCAAUCACAGUUCUCAUCCUGAUUCUGUACUUCGUGAUCGACAACUUUGUGAUCCAGCGCAGACCAUGGCUGGCCGAGUGUACCCCCAUCUACGUCCAGUACUUUGUCAAGUUCUUCAUCAUUGGCGUCACUGUGCUGGUAGUGGCUGUGCCCGAGGGGCUGCCCCUGGCCGUCACCAUCUCACUGGCUUACUCUGUGAAGAAAAUGAUGAAAGACAAUAAUCUGGUGCGGCACUUGGAUGCUUGUGAAACCAUGGGCAAUGCCACAGCCAUUUGCUCUGAUAAGACGGGCACGCUGACCAUGAACCGCAUGACCGUGGUGCAGGCCUAUGUUGGAGACACUCGUUACCAUCAGAUCCCAAACCCUGAGGACCUUGUGCCCAAGGUCCUGGACCUUAUUGUCAACGGUAUUUCCAUCAACAGUGCCUACACCUCUAAGAUUCUGCCUCCCGAGAAGGAGGGCGGCCUGCCCCGGCAGGUGGGCAACAAGACCGAGUGCGCCCUGCUGGGCUUCGUCGCGGACCUGAAGCAGGACUACCACGCCGUGCGCAGCGAGGUGCCCGAGGAGAAGCUCUACAAGGUGUACACCUUCAACUCGGUGCGCAAGUCCAUGAGCACGGUCGUGGAGAGGCCGGGCGGCGGCUUCCGCAUGUACAGCAAGGGCGCCUCCGAGAUCAUCCUGCGCAAGUGUAAUCGAAUCCUGGACAAAAAGGGGGAGGCCGUGCCAUUCAAGAAUAAGGACCGAGAUGAGAUGGUCCGCACCGUCAUCGAGCCCAUGGCCUGCGAGGGACUGCGGACUCUCUGCAUCGCUUACCGGGAUUUCAGUGAUGGAGAGCCCCCAUGGGACAAUGAGAGCGAGAUCCUCACUGAGCUGACCUGUAUCGCAGUGGUGGGCAUCGAGGACCCUGUGCGCCCGGAGGUGCCAGAAGCUAUUGCCAAGUGCAAACGAGCUGGCAUCACUGUCAGGAUGGUGACGGGAGACAACAUCAACACAGCCCGCGCCAUCGCCACCAAGUGUGGCAUCGUGACACCUGGGGACGACUUUCUGUGCUUAGAAGGCAAAGAAUUCAAUCGCCUCAUCCGAAACGAGAAGGGCGAGGUAGAGCAGGAAAAGCUGGACAAGAUCUGGCCUAAGCUCCGAGUGCUGGCGCGGUCUUCCCCCACUGACAAGCACACGCUGGUGAAAGGCAUCAUUGACAGCACUGUUGGGGACCAGCGGCAGGUGGUGGCUGUCACCGGUGAUGGCACCAAUGACGGGCCAGCUCUGAAGAAAGCAGACGUUGGUUUUGCCAUGGGUAUUGCAGGCACAGAUGUGGCAAAGGAGGCCUCUGACAUCAUCCUAACAGAUGACAACUUCACCAGCAUCGUGAAGGCGGUGAUGUGGGGACGGAACGUCUACGACAGCAUCUCCAAGUUCCUGCAGUUCCAGCUCACUGUCAACGUGGUGGCCGUGAUCGUGGCCUUCACUGGAGCCUGCAUCACCCAGGAUUCCCCACUGAAGGCCGUGCAGAUGUUGUGGGUUAACCUAAUCAUGGACACCUUUGCCUCGCUGGCCCUGGCCACAGAGCCUCCUACAGACUCUCUGCUGAAGCGUCGGCCCUACGGCCGCAAUAAGCCUCUGAUCUCGCGCACCAUGAUGAAGAACAUCCUGGGUCACGCCGUCUAUCAGCUCUCCGUCAUCUUUUUCCUCGUUUUUGCUGGUGAGAAAUUCUUUGACAUUGACAGCGGGAGGAGAGCGCCUCUGCAUUCUCCGCCCAGCCAGCACUACACCAUUGUUUUCAACACCUUCGUGCUCAUGCAGCUCUUCAACGAAAUCAAUUCCCGCAAGAUCCACGGAGAGAGGAAUGUCUUCUCGGGCAUCUUCCGCAAUCUCAUCUUCUGCUCAGUGGUGCUGGGCACAUUCGUCAGCCAGAUUAUCAUCGUGGAAUUUGGGGGCAAACCCUUCAGUUGUACGAAGCUCACCCUGUCCCAGUGGUUCUGGUGUCUCUUCAUUGGUAUUGGAGAGCUGUUGUGGGGCCAGGUCAUUUCCACUAUACCUACCCAAUCCCUGAAGUUCCUGAAGGAGGCUGGACACGGCACCACCAAAGAGGAGAUCACCAAGGAUGCCGAGGGGCUGGACGAGAUUGACCACGCAGAGAUGGAGCUGCGCAGAGGCCAGAUCCUCUGGUUCCGGGGCCUGAACCGUAUCCAGACUCAGAUCGACGUAAUUAACACAUUCCAGACGGGAGCCUCUUUUAAGGGAGUCCUAAAGCGCCAGACCAUGGGUCAACACCUUGAUGUAAAACAUGUUCCUAGCUCAUCCUAUAUCAAAGUGGUCAAAGCGUUCCAUAGUUCCCUCCACGAAAGCAUUCAGAAACCCAGGAACCAAAACUCCAUCCACAACUUCAUGACCCACCCUGAAUUCACCAUAGAUGAGGAGGGGCCGCGAACACCACUCCUGGAUGAGCAAGAAGAGGAAAUUUUUGAAAAGGUGUCUAAGCCUGGGACUAAGAUGCCCUCGCCGGAUGGUGAGGUCACUCCACAAACCAACAGAAACAACAAUUCGGUGGAUUGCUGCCAAGUACAAAUUGUUGCUUCCCACUCGGACAGCCCUCUACACAGCCUGGAGACGUCAGUUUGAACUUCAUCCUCUGAUUCCCAUUCCUGCCUUCCCUAUCUCCCUUUUCAUCUGUCCCAUCAGUAAGGUGAUGAUGGGAGUUUUCACUGUCAUGUUAGCUGCUCCCAAGUAUGUGUGAACCGCACCUGACCAUGAAGAGGCAAGAGCACAGACCCACAAGGAUUUUAACUGAAACUUGAGUUGGGGUUUGUAGCAGGACCCAGUUAAGCCCCAGGCAAGUGAUAAGUGGUGGAUCUAUUCCUUGGAUGUGUCAGUGGUCAUUUUGAGAGAAAUGAUGAAAAUCAUCUUGGCGUCUACCCCACCUCCAGUUCUCCCCAGUAUUCAUGCCUAUGUCACUACUCUCCUUACUUCUGGAUUUUUACCCUAUGAGUCUAUGCUGUUUAUGAGCUCAGUUCAAAAGUCAGAGCUACAAACAUCAUCAAAUGAAAUGUGUUGAGGUAAGAAUGGAAGGUACAGAUUCAGCCUAUAGAGUGAUUGUUUUAAAACAAUUUUUCCAUUUUGAAAACUUAUACCUAAGGCCCUUAACCUCCUUCUGCCCUUCCAUUCAAACCUCCCCACAAUCUCUUGGUCCUUUGUGACCAUUGUCUUCCUUACCUUCACUCUUUUUUAAGUUGUGAUGAUUAAGAAAAUGGAAAGAAUAUGGGUGAGUUGAGUCAACUUUGACCUUUCUCCCUUCUGGCCCCAAUGGAACUCUUGAUUUAUUUCUAGAGACAGAUACAUUUCUUUGCUGAUGGUCCUUUGGAAGCAGUUGAGAGCAGGUAAUACGAUAUCCCUGUUGUUGCCAGGUUAUCUACUUCUAAACUGCCAUCUUGUCAGGCCUGUGGUUUCUAAGUGCCAGGAAGAUGAGCCUUGACCACAAAGCUUACGUGUAUGUGGUUUGUAGUUUUUACCUGAAGCCUGAGCUUUCUCCUGUUCCUAAAGUGGUGGCAAAGGAAUGAAUUAAGGUUGACCCUGCCUCCUAACUGGACUUGGAUAUUAAGGAACAGAAGCUGGCAGAUCUAGGACAAGACAGACCAUCGAAGCCAACCAUGAGUCCUCCUUGGGGUAACCACUACUGCUUUCAAAGCCAUCUGCUAAGGCUUUUCUCGGGUUGGGCCUGAUUGUUGGGGGAGUGAGGAUUGAGGAGGCGUGGGAGAGGCCAAAGUGCCCUUGCAGCAGGAUCUGAGAAGCCAGAAACCUGGAGCUCAGGUGACUGGGGUCAGCUUGGACAUUGCCUUCGGUUUUCUAAUUCUACUCUGCUGUGUCCCUUGACUCAUCUAGUCACUGAAAGGGCCCCAGCCUUUCUCAUAUAUUCUGAUUUUGAAAAUAUAUGGCUCCAGUGACACUCUGCUGACUUAAAGGAGCAAAGGGAGGCUCCCCCCGGACUCCCGCUCCCUACACCCUGCUCAAGCCCCUUCUAGAAUUCUCAGUGCGGCCCAAGGAGGCCCUGUGCCUUCCCCCCCCCGAGCACUGCCCAAAGCAUCCCCUUCCCCACCUGGCUCUCAGCAGCCAGGGAAUUGGCUAGGAGAUUUUUAAAGUGUUCCUUAAUGGGACAGGGUGGAGCCGCACGUGCAGUUUCUCCAUUUCUCUCCCUGCUGUGCUGACAUAAGCUCUUCCGUGCAGGAGUCAGCUCAUGUCUGCCAAGUCCCAUCUCCACUGGAUAAAUGAAGCCUCUCCCCUCUUUCUCGAGUGACGGGGGUGGGGAGAAGGGCCCUGAGGCGGCUGGGGACUGCUGCAUGUCCACCUGGGGGCCCGGUGACCUAACCUGUCGUCUGCAGCCUUCUCCUGUGGCUCCCUCCUCCCUCCCUCUCUCACCAGAGCUGCCCUAGGAAGGAGAAGUAAAGAAACGGUGCCCCUGCACAUCCCGUUAGUGCAUCAGCCCCCAAGUCUGAUUCUGGUUUUGUCAAAGUUACAUGCUUCAGUGAUCUCUUUUUCCUCCGUCUUCAGUACUAAUGGGGAAAAGACAGGUCACCCGAGGUGUUCGGUGUUCACAUAUAUAUUUAUUAAGUAAUUGGAAGAUUUAGUUCUGUCGAGUCUUUUAUUACCUCAGAUCAAUUUUUAAAACAAACUUUGGAGGCUAUUUUAUCAUUCCUGCUCCCAAAAGACUCUCAUGGUGCCUGACAAGUUUACUCUUGAGGGCUUGUGUCUACUUGUUUAAAGUCAAUGGGAUUUUUUGUGUGUAUUCUGGUUUCCAUAGUAAGAAAGAAAACAUAGAAAUAUUAUGCAAACAAUAUAUAGUUUUCUUUAGAUCAUAAACUGAUAUUUUUUGAGUCAGCCAUAUGUAUUUUGUUUAAAGGAUUUAAAAUAAAGUGCUGUCAUGUGACCCUGUGGAAGGGGGCACAUAACCAACUGUUAGACAUGACAGGUGACCUACAGUGUAUUUGCAAUUGGUUUUAAAACCAAUGCACCACACUACCUUUCUCCAAACAGCCAUCUUUAUGCUUCGGGGGAAGAAUUUUGUUGGAUUCUAGAACUUUUUAAUAUAAAUUUUGCUGAUAUGGAAUUGAGCAAGUUUAAGUGUUUAUGUGCAUAUAUUUUUUAUAUAUUUUUUUUCCUAUUCAGUUUCAGUGAUCCAACUGGCAGUGAAUAAAUAUGGCGUAAGUUAAUAAAGCUUUCCCCAAAAAAUGGUGCUUUGGAUUUGAAAAGAGUCUGAUGGGGAAAAGGGGGAAAUAUUAUCCUAGAUUCCUCUCUUGAUAAAACUAGAAAAAUGGGCAGUAGAUUACCAAUGGGAAGGAAGGCAUCCAGGAAGAAGGAACAGCUGGCAGGAAAUAAGUGCACAUCCCCAUGGAAAUGGGUAUCAGGAACUAGUGAUCAGGAUCAGGGACCUCGGGUAGAUUUAUAUUUCUUGAAGAAUAGCUAAUAGAGUGGUACCCAAAACACUGGGCUGCAUGGGUCCUCUGAUUUGGGGGUUGCAUUUUUUAUGGUUCUUUCACCUCCUGUUGCCCCUGGAGUUUUCCAUUAGUGAUUUCUUUGUGCAAGGAUUUGAUUUGAGACUUCUCCCCCUCCCCUAGAAAAGUUUCAUGCAAUAUAUUAGGUGGCAGAUAAUAGCUCUACACAGAAAAAUAAAAGCUGGUUCUAGCCCUAGGUGACAAUCUUGACUAGAUCCUUCCCAUAGGUGUCCUCUGCUUCUAAAAUGACUCUCCAUCUCUAAGUGUGGUAGAGAGACCAAGAAAUCCCGCAGGCACUUGUGAGUUCUUCAGGGUUUGCAUUUCUUCUUCCCUUGAACUUCAGAGGGGAGAGUCCGCACAGUUAAAUAUGAGUGAUUACCUCAUUGCCAAAACCCAGGGGCAUGGCAAGCUCAUGAAACCUCUAAACUCAUCACUUCUCUUUCCUGUCUUCCCUGCCUAGUGACUGAAGCAGCCCCUGAUGCCAUCCCAAAGUGCACACUUCCUCUUCCUCCCUCUGCACAGCUGGGUACCCCCUCACUGCAGGGGUGGGGAUGGGACCCUUUGUAAAUGCCUGCUCUUCUUCAGCCUUUACAGGCUCUUGCUCAGAACAGACCAGACAUCUUUCCGUUUAGCUCAGUGCUGUCCUUACCUUCACAGCCUGCUGUUAGACCUGCUGUCCCCUUUCCUCCUGAUUAGGAGAGGUGGGGGGAGGUGAGCUCCCCAUGACUGAAUUGGCCUUUGGUUCAUGUUUUCUCCCUGUAUGUAUAUAUGCCAUAUGUGAAUAUGCCAUAUAUAUGUGCCAACAAACCUAUCUACAUUGUUUCAAAUUAGCACACAGAUAGGAAUUUUGAGUUUCUUUUUUUUUUCUUUUCAGUAACUAGUAUAACAGGCACUGGUAUUUUGUAUAAAAGAAAAAAAAACAGAAGAUUGAUUAUCGUGAUCUGCAUGACAUACACAAACGGUGAUAUCAAAGCAAUGUGUACCCCAGUGUGUGUUGCUAUAAUCUACAGUUCAGCUAAACAGUACACCCAAUCUGUAUUUGCAUUUUAAUAUUAUUUAAGCUCUCUGUACAAUGUUUUGCAUGUAUUUAUAUGGUUCUUAGGAAAAAAAUGCUAUAAAUGGCAAUUCUGAAAUUCAAAUAUGUUGUUCCAUUGAGAUAGGAAGAAUGGAAGGGGAGUUUUAAAAGAAGGAAAAAAGAGAUCUUUUUUUUUUAGAACCAAUGAAGCUGUUGCUGAUGAGCAGAAACCAAACUAUUGUGCACUGAGAAUAAAAAUCCAUGCCCACUUG